GCCAGGAAAACAAAACAAAAAUUUCUGUCAUUCAUUAUGCUUGCAUUGCUGGCCAGCUAGCUAGCUGACAAGGAGCCCAUUUCUCAAUGGAGUCUUGGCUGGUGUUGGUAGUGUUGCUUCUGCCUGUAGGGAGAGGACUACUAUUUCCUCGGGAGUCCAGCAACAGAGAGGUGAAGGAGCUAGCUGGUCUGUGGCACUUUAGAGCUGACUUCUCCCCGAACAGAAAUGAAGGAUUCGAGAAGAAUUGGUACAAGCAACCUCUUUCAAAGACUGGAGAGGUGCAACUAAUGCCGGUGCCCUCCAGCUUCAACGACAUCACAACAGACCCUCUGUUGAGGAACUUUGUGGGGUGGGUCUGGUACCAGAGACAGUUCUGGCUACCAAGAUCUUGGGCUGAUGGAGACACUCGAAUCAUGCUCCGGUUUGGCAGUGCCCACUACAAUGCUAUUGCUUGGAUGAACGGCAAGCAGUUCACUGAGCACGAGGGGGGCCACCUGCCGUUUGAGGGCGAUGUAACCCCCUACUCUGUGUUUGGAGCCCCCAACACUCUCACAGUGGCCAUCAACAAUACACUGGGACCACACACUCUACCCCCUGGCUCCCUACAUUUCUAUGAUCCCCCCUACCCAGAGGGCUACUUUGUGCAAGAAAUCCAGAUGGAUUUCUUCAACUAUGCCGGUCUCCAUCGGCCAGUGAGGCUCUACACCACCCCCUCCUCCAUUCAUCUGGAUGACAUCACCACCGUCACCAGUAUGAAUUCUGACGGAUCUGCCACUCUGCACUACACACUAGAGAUAAGAGGUUCUCACUCAGGAGAGGCUUUGGCUAAUGUUACUGUACUAGGCAAGAGAGGAGUGGAAGUAACGACCAAUCAUAGCGUCAAUAUGUGCAGUGAAGAGGGGUGUAUCACUCAUGUGCGUGGGGAUUUGAUAGUCCAGCACCCACAGCUGUGGUGGCCCUGGACAAUGAGUGAUACACCGGGGUAUCUCUAUACCUUACAGGUGAUACUGACAGUUGGUGAGUCGGAGGAUCAGUACAGAUUGCCUGUGGGCAUACGAACAGUGGAGGUGAAGGAGACGCAAUUCCUCAUUAAUAAUAAGCCUUUUUACUUUCACGGAUUUGGAAAACACGAAGAUGCUGACAUUCGAGGCAAGGGUCUAGACUACCCACUGCUGAUGAAGGACCUGAACCUCCUGCUCUGGCUAGGAGCGAACUCGAUCAGAACCAGUCACUACCCAUACUCAGAGGAGCAGAUGCAGCUCUGUGACAAGUACGGCAUCGUAGUCAUUGAUGAGACUCCAGCAGUCGGACUCAAACUGAAAGAGAACUUUGAUGACAAAACUCUGGAGCACCACAUGGCGGUGAUGAGAGAGCUGGUUGGGCGUGACAAAAACCACCCCUCAGUUGUCAUGUGGUCACUUGCCAACGAGCCCACGACAAAGCUCACGGUUGCCGAUAACUACUUCAAGAAGUUGUCGGAAAUGUCUAGAGACCUGGACCCCACCAGACCUAUCACUUUCGUCAACAGGGUAUCCCGUGACAAGGAACUGGCUAUGAAGUACAUGGAUGUGAUUUGCUUGAACAAGUACUAUGGUUGGUACCGUGACCCUGGUCACCCGGAGACCAUCCGUUGGUUGCUGCCACAUGAGCUGGAUGAUUGGCACGCCCACCAUAAGAAACCCAUUAUCAUCGCCGAGUACGGGGCUGAAGCUGUUUCUGGGAUACACGAGCAACCCGCUAUGAUGUUCUCUGAGGAGUAUCAGGUGGAGUUGUUCGCUCAUAUGUUCUCUGUGUUUGAUAUGUACAAGAAAAAGUUUUUAGUAGGAGAAAUGGUCUGGACCUUUGCCGAUUUUGAAACAAAACAAGCAACCACUCGAGUAAAUGGCAAUAAGAAAGGAGUGUUGACAAGACAGAGAAAACCCAAGGCAUCUGCCAACUUAAUAAGAGCCCGUUAUCACUCUCUGGCAGCUGGAGUGCAACUGUGUUACGAUACACCAUUUAUAGGUCAUUACGCCAGUCACUGUCCUGUCGAAACAAACUUGUAAACUGAAAAUCUAAUUUUGUGUUUUUAAUUACUUACUUCCGGGUGCAUCAUUUCCACUGUAUACUGUGUA